GUUCAGAUAGCUAGAUUUCUUAUUUCUUGUCACAUCCAUUCCUCCAGGAGACGAAAGUAUGGCAUCAAUUUUACGCACAGGAAAAUUUCUUCGCUAUUUCGCUGGUUUUACGCGAAAUUUUGUCGUCGAUUCAGUAAGACAAAGUGAAAAUGGAAGCAGUCUGUUACAAAGUUCAGCAAGCGUUGGCAUACAAUUCCAGCAUGGGUUCGCCAGUAACCCAGCUGCCAAGUCAGAUCUUAACUUGGAGAAACAAAUACGUCGCUUAGACCAGGAUGUGCGUCGUGUCGGAAGAAUUUCACGUCGCGAUAUUGAGGAAGUUCUUGAAGAGAUACGUACCCACAGGUCAGCAACCAGUUCACAAUCUUUGCUCGUUAUACGAUGCUGUGGUAAUUUGGUGCCAGAAGAGAUGCCUGAAGUAAGAACAGCACUUGUACAGGAGAUCUGGAAGACACUCAACGCUUUAAAUGUGCCAAUGGAUAUAUCCCAUUAUAAUGCAUUACUUCGCGUGUACUUGGAGAAUGAACACCAUUUCUCUCCAACAGACUUUCUUGCCGAGAUUGAGUCAAAGAAUAUUGAACCAAAUCGCGUGACAUAUCAGCGUUUAAUUGCAAGAUAUUGUCAGCAAGGCGAUAUUGACGGCGCUACUCGUAUAUUAGAGUUUAUGCGCUCAAAAAAUCUGCCCGUUAACGAAAAUGUAUUCAAUUCGCUCAUACUUGGUCACUCCCAGGCAAAUGAUUUAGAGUCAGCGAAAGGGAUUUUGUCUGUAAUGAAACAGGCUAAUUUGGAGCCAAGCGCUGAUACUUAUACCACGCUAUUAUGUUGCUAUGCACGUCAUGGUGACAUUGAUGCUAUACUACGUACGCUGGAUGAAUGUGAGAAAGCAGAAAUAAUCUUGCUUGACAAAGAUCUUUUGGACAUCGUUUACGCACUGAGUGUUAAUGGGCACGCCGAUAAAGUCGACCCUGUGCUGGCAAGGCUGCGCAUAUCGACUGGAUUCAACCAAGAUGCUGUAAAUAUUAUAUUGCGUUUGAUCAAUAAAGGCUUUGAGGAUGUGGGUCUACAAAUUUUGCGUACAAUGCCACGUGCUACUAGACCUGAUGGGCAAUUGGUGGAUACCGGUAACUUUUUCAUCAAACAACUUGUGAAAGUAAACCGUCCCAUAGACAAAAUCUUAAGCAUAUGCAAAGUUUUGCAAGAUGAAGGUCUUAACCCUAAAGCACUUUUAAUCGCCACUGAAGCUGGUCUAAGUAACGGUGCGAUUUCCAAUGCACUCCCUCUCCUGCGCGAAUUGAAGAAAGCGGGCUUACCUAUUCGUCAACAUUAUUUCUGGCCCUUGAUUUGCUCUGCUGAAUCAAACCAAAUCAUCAGUAUUGUACGUCACAUGCAAGAUGAAUUCAGCCUAAAUCCCAAUUCUGAAACUUUACGCGAUUACGUCAUUCCGAAUUUGAAAGAGAAAAACUGGGAUAAAAUCGUGACAAUUUUACGUGAUGCCGGUAUAUCGAGUGCUAAUGCAGCGGCUUCUGUUGCAUACGCAUCUCUAUCCACAAAUCAACUUAAGUCCACCGCCAAUAUUAUGGAGUCAUAUCGCGCAUUUUAUUCACCCCAGUUAUUCAGACAGCCACUGAUGCAUGCGUUGUCCGCAACAGACGAUUAUGCCUCGUUUGUACGUGUGGUCAGACAGCUGCACGAGAGCGUUCAGAGUCGCCCAAAUGGUUCUCAACGCGCCGAACAAGAGGAGAGUGCUGAAAACCAAACAACGGGUGAAGUGGUUGACAAUGAAGGCGCUAACCAAAGCUAUGAUAUUGUUGGUGCUGUCUUAAAUGAUGUUUGCACAUAUUUCCGCCGCAAUAGCGUAGAAAUAUUGGGUAACAUACUGCCUAGGUUGGUGAAGGAGGGCUUUACAAUUAGCAAUAAGAAUGCUGCGCGUAUUUCAGAACGCUUGAGUUCCGAGCUGACAACUGAGAUUUCCGAAAACUUGGGUAAACUCAGCUCUGGCGAUCUAGAACUUUCCGCGCUUAAAACUGCAGAACCGCGCAAACGUAGUUUGGAUUCAUUAACUGUUGAUGAAUUGGAACGCUUCAUUGCUAACGUCGAAGCUAAAGGCGAAAAUGCUAACAAUUUGAAGCGUCAAUUACUCAAUGCCUGUUUCCGUGCUGGCAAUUUGGAAAAGACUCUGCAAGUCAUUGCGAAAUUAGAAGCUGAAAAUUACACCAUACCAACUGGUAUAUGGGCGCAACUGAUAGAUCUCUAUGCGAUUGAGGGUAAAACAGCAGAAGCACUGGAGCAAUAUGAGAAAAUUAAAACCAAAGACACGGAAUUCUUAUUAGACAAUCUCAAAACCGUACACAUCACAAAAUUAUUGAUUGAUGAGGAGCGCUUCGAUGAGGCCAUUAAAUUCCUAGAACGUAAUAAGAAAGCUGAAUUGGUUUCAGAUGCCGAUGGAUCUUUUAGCUACACAUCAACUGUUUGGCGUUUAUUAAACACGCUUGCCGAAGCCGGUAGCGCUGAUAAGCUGCAACAACUGUUCGACACACUAGUCGGUGGAAAUUAUAUCUAUCCCACUAAUGUGCUUUUGGGACCAUUGAUAAAGGUACAUCUUACAAACGACGACAUCACGAAGGCCAUGGAGUCAUUUGAACAGAUCUGUGAAAAGUACAAGUCAACACCGUGGAAAAAUGAACUCGCAUGCCGACUGAUUCAGAAAGAGGAUGCUGCCAAUUUGCAAAAGUUGACCGAUUUAAGUACAAAUAUUCAUGGCGAAGUUAACAGUCUGUAUGAUUUGGUAUUUUCAUUCGUUGAGUGUGGACGUAUACGUCAAGCGAGAAAGAUUUUAGAGACACCCGGUCUUCGCACGCGUCCACAACGUAUUAACCACGCAUGUGAGCGUUAUAAAAACGAAGGCAUGGUAGAGCCUCUAGAAGGUCUGGUAGAAGCGACCAAAGACCUCAAUCAUAUAGAUCGUAACAAAAUCUACUACAAUUUAUUGUUGAGCUACUGCAACUCCGAGGAUGCCGAAAAGGCUUUAGGCUUGUGGACUAAAAUGCAGGAAGAAAAUAUUGCACCCACUGAUGUGUUCCUCAUUAAAUUAGCAGACCUGUUGAACAAGAAGAACACUAAAGUGCCAUUUGUUGUACCAAAGACAGAAGGAGUUGCUAAAAAUAAAAACGUCGAAUCGGUUGAUGCUCCUAAGAAAGCAGCACCCAAGCCUACAAAUAAUAUAUCCCUCCUGAGGAAAGCUAUAAACGGUGGAGAUAUUGACGCUGCACUUAACUUAAAAAAUCAAUUGCACUCAAGCGAAACCCUGAGCGUCACUGAUCUUUCGCAUCUCAUCGAACAUUUGGUGCGUGCUGAACGUCUAACGGAAGCGACGAAAUUCGUAAAUGAGUUGCUAGCGGGUAAUCGUUACCCCAUUCCAAAAAUAUUCAAAUUUUAUUUGAAUAAAAUCGCUGCAUCUGGUGAUGUGCAAACAUUGGAGAAAAUUGGUGCGCAAUUAUCCGACGAUGGAAAGAAGAUUGUCUCAUUCGAUAAUCGUUUUUGUCAUGCCAACAUUGUAGCUGGUAAAACGGAAAACUAUUUGAAUUCGCUAUAUGAGCAGAUUUCUGCAGCGAAUUCCAUCGAAGAGGCUGCUAAACUUGCAGAGAAGUUUCCGCGCGGUGGUGCUCUUGGAAUUUUGCAACAGAAACCUGAAGAAUUGCCGUUAUUCCAAAAAAUCGCUGAAAAAUAUGCUGAACACAAUCAAUUGGGUCCAGUGAAUGUACUUUGGAUGCAUUUACUUUCUCUGGGUGAUGAAGCAGCAUCGAAAGCAAUAUGGGAUAAACAUCUUUCGAAUGCCCCACGCCUUAUGUUCCAGCGUGUACUGCAGACGGCGCGCGAGCAAAAAGACGAAAAACUCGCACUAACGGUUAUAAAUCAAUUACGUGAAUCGAAGAUUUCCGAAGGAGCUAUUGGUAAUGCAUACUCUUGCUUGAUUGACAUUCACACGACCAACAAGAGCUUAGAUAAAGCUUUGGACACGCUGAAAACGGCCAUCAAAGAUAUUUGUUUGGAGAAUAUAAAUCGUACUGCUCUCUUGCGUCUGAAAAAUGCUUUACAAGAAGAAAAUAAGGAAUUUCCAUAUGAAAUUCCCGAGAAGAAGUCACAAAAGGACAGUAGCAGCAGUUCACAGUCAUCGGAUGAUGAUGUUACUCCGAAGCGACCUGAGACAAGACCAAUUACACGACCAACUAAGUAAUAGGAAUAUAUUAAAUAUGUAGCAUCUAAUAUUACCGCAUAAUUUUUGCUUUUUAUUUUAUUUUAAAUAAAUGCUAAGUAUUCCAUGUUGAUAUA